CUUUUUCGGCUCCUAAGAAACACAAAAUGAGCGGGGAGAAGAGACCUUUCUGCCGUGCAGCGGGGCGGGCGCUGCAACGCACCAAUCACCGCGCGGCUCCGCUCUAUAAAUACGAGGCCGCCGACUUGGUACAGGCCCAGUGGUUCCCCCCGAUCCGUGGACGAACGGCUGCCACCAUGUCGGAGACCGCGCCUGUUGCCGCUCCCGCUGUCUCUGCGCCCGGUGCCAAGGCCGCCGCCAAGAAGCCGAAGAAAGCGGCGGGCGGCUCCAAAGCUCGCAAACCCGCCGGCCCCAGCGUCACCGAGCUGAUCACCAAGGCCGUCUCCGCCUCCAAGGAGCGCAAGGGGCUCUCCCUCGCCGCGCUCAAGAAGGCGCUGGCCGCCGGCGGCUACGAUGUGGAGAAGAACAAUAGCCGCAUCAAGCUGGGGCUCAAGAGCCUCGUCAGCAAGGGCACUCUGGUGCAGACCAAGGGCACUGGCGCCUCCGGGUCUUUCAAACUGAACAAGAAACCUGGUGAGACAAAGGAGAAAGCAACCAAGAAAAAGCCAGCGGCUAAGCCCAAGAAGCCAGCGGCUAAGAAGCCCGCCAGCGCCGCCAAGAAGCCCAAGAAAGCUGCAGCUGUGAAGAAGAGCCCCAAGAAAGCCAAGAAGCCGGCUGCUACCGCGGCCAAGAAAGCAGCCAAGAGCCCCAAGAAAGCAGCCAAAGCAGGCCGCCCCAAAAAGGCAGCAAAGAGCCCGGCCAAGGCAAAGGCAGUAAAGCCCAAGGCAGCCAAGCCCAAGGCAGCCAAGCCGAAAGCGGCCAAGGCAAAGAAGGCGGCGCCUAAAAAGAAGUGAAACGUCUGAGAAAAAACUAUAGAGUCUACUCAUUUAAAUAAACCCAAAGGCUCUUUUAAGAGCCACCCACUUUCUCUUAAAAGGAGCUGGAACACUAUAGUAAAUCGCAGCAGCCAAACCAAAUCCUGCACAGAUUUUAGUAGGAUUUUAUACCGGAAUGACGAAAGUUACCAUUUUCAAAACGUGCGCGUUCCGU